AUGGAAGAUCGAUCAACAGAGAAAGAUCAAUAUGAUGAUCUUGCUUCUUUAUUUUUGCCUGAUAUUUUGCAUCCCAUACCAACUGAAAAUGUCAGCGUCAAACAGGAAGAGCUCGAGCAUAAUACUGAUAUAGGCAAUUUAUUACGGGAACAAAACGAGAGCACCAAGAGAAAUGAUAAUAACGAGAACUUUAGUAAUUUCAUGAGUAACAAUAACUUUAUAAACGGCAUUGGAUCCUUGUCUCAAGGAGAGAAUAUUGCAUCGAACGCUAUAAUGAACCAAAGUGGUCAUAUAAACCAUUACGCCAAUUUUGUUCCAAUAGAAGCUGCUGCUUCUAUUCAGCAGCUGCACCACCAGCUGCACCGUAUGUAUGCGCCAAUUAACCACCAAUAUCAACAACUAUAUCCAAGUUCGCAUACUCAACCCCAAAACUCGGGAAAUGCCAUGAGAAUGGGUUCACCUACUGCAGAUUUGAAUUGGUUUACCAAUCCACCAAAUGGCCUCGAAACAUUUCCUAUGGAUAAUAAACACAUGCAGAUUAUUGAUGGAAAUUUUAGAGAUUUUGAAUCAUUUAAUAGCCCAAAUCCAUAUUCGAACCAAUCAAGUUUACCAUCGUCCUUUCCUACUAUGGAUAAGACUGCCGUGUUGUCUAGUAACGAAACAAAUGAUGAAUCGUCUACCGUGAGACAAAAAGAAGUUAAAGAUAAGACCAAGAAGAGGGCAAAAAAGUCUAAAGCUACAUCAUCACCUGAAGUGCGGAUUGACUACAAAGCACAUAAAUUAACUAGGUUACUUGAUUUGAAAGAACAGGAAAAUGCUUCCGAUAAUGAUUUCAAGAUUGUAGAUAAAGAUAAUAAUGAGAUUAAAGUGCAAUUCCAAAGCUAUUUGACCGGGAGAUUUUUUACAAAUGAUACGGAUAAUAACAAUUACAUUAUUUCCAAAUUAGAAAACGCUGAAAACGGAGAAAAAGAAAAUUCUAAAAUAUCAUGGGAUCCUAAUAUCAAAAUGGAUCCUAAGGUUAUAUCUUGUUACAGAAGAAAUUACAUUCAAAUAUCUAUGAACUUGAAUUUAUCCGGUUUCUCAAAAGAUGAUCAAGAAAAUAAUAAAGUUUUGAAGCUCCAAACCAAUGAAUAUGGAUACUCAAUCACGCGGGUUAUUAAAUGGUUUAAGGUUGAAAUACUUGCUAAUACCAAUGUUUCGGAAAUUAGAAAUAUUCCUAUUAUAAUCUAUGAUGAUAACAAAGAAAGAGACAAGGAAAGACCUAAAGAUGAAGUUGAUUCUGAUGAGACCAAUGAUUUCGUAAAUCCAAUCUCCAUUGAUAAAGCUCAGUCAACUAUUACUUUAAAUGAAUCAGUUAUCAAAAAUUCUGAAAUAGAUAAUUACUAUACAAUUAAAAAGCUACAAUUCAAAAGCGCGACGCCAAAUAAUGGUAACUUAACAUUCCAAAAUUAUUAUCAUCUAAAAAUAAAGGUCAGUGCAAUAGUAGCCGAUUUAUACUAUGAUGAUUACAUUGAUGAAGAUUAUUCCAGCAACACGUUCAAUGAGAGAAACGAAGUUAAUUUAUUUGAGUUGGUAAGUGAACCGAUUAUUGUCAGAGGAAGAAACCCAUCAUUUUAUGCCGAUCGAAAAGACAUCUUGAUUAAGGGCAGGUCAAUUAAUUCAAGAGAAAGUUUCAUUAAUGCUGGUCAAGAAACGAAAACAGAAAAUGAAGAGGCAGCUUCAACUGCAGCAAAUGAAGAUAUAGCUGAUACUGAAGAAGGCGUAGAGAAAUUUUGUGAAGACGAAGAAGACGACGAAGACGAAGAGACGGAAAAUGAAGCAUCGUCUAGUAAGAGGGUCAAAAGUAAUUCUCCCUCAAAAUUGCAACCUUAUAACAAUCAACAGGAUCAGUCUGUUCCUCCUUUGUUAUAUAGUGCUACGUCUUCUUCUUCAAUAAACUUAAAAUCUAUGUUAGAAAAUUCUACAUCUAAGGUAAAUUUGAUUCCACUAAACAAAUCGAGCAGCCGAUAUAAAUAUUUUCCUAUUUCCAACGUAUAUUAUUUGCCUCCAAUUAAUGCUGUUUAUUUCCCACAUAGGGCCCACCAACAAAUGAACAAAGAAUAUGCUGCUGCUAAUUCCAAAUCGCCUUCUAUAGAAAAUGAUGAUGCAAGCAAUAUGGUGAAUAGUCCCCAGAAACGCAAAAAUUCAAAUGUGUAUUUUAGAUAA